UGCCCAGCAGAUUUUUGUAUUUUUAGUAGAGACGAGGUUUCGUCAUGUUGGUCAGGCUGGUCUCAAACUUCUGAUCUCAGAUGAUCUGCCCACCUGGGCCUCCCAAAGUGCUGGGAUUAUAGGCGUGAGCCACCCCGCCCAGCCUCCUCAGUUCUUAUACGUGCCUAGAGGAAUACAUGGAUUGUAUUUUAUUCAUUUCAUAUCCCCAGCACCUUAGCACAGCACUGAGCAAACAGAAGGUGCUCUAUAAAUGUUUGCCGAAUCAAAUUAGUUAGUGCUUGGAAUCCUUUUGUGGAUUCUUGAAUGACAAGGUGGGUGGAAUAUCUAAUGAAUGGGGGAAUCUCUCUUAUAUUGUGUAUAAAAAUAUCAUAGUUAAUAAAAAGUUAAGUGAAUUCCAAAUCAAAUUCAGAAUCAUAGAAGGGAUAGAUCAUUUCCCCAGUGUUUUCAUCUUAUUCUAACUUUAAGCUAAAUUUUUAUUCUUUAUUCAGUUAUUCUAGUAAAAAUGUGGUGAUAGAGGUGAUGAAGGGGCCUUAAGAAAAAACUUGAGGCCGGGCACAGUGGCUCACGCCUGUAAUCCCAGCACUUUGGGAGGCCGAGGCGGGCGGAUCACGAGGACUGGAGUUCAAGACCCGACUUCCUACCGUGGUGAAACCCCAUCUCUACUAAAAAUACAAAAAUUUAGCCAGGCUGGUAGCGGGCACCUGUAAUCCCAGCUACUCAGGAGCCUGAGGAAGGAGAAUCACUUGAACCCAGGAGGUGGAGGUUGCAGUGAGCUGAGAUCAUGCCACUGCACUCGAGCCUGGGUGACAAGAGCGAAACUCUGUGUCAAAAACAAACAAACAAGCAAACAAAAAACAAAAAAAACUUGAAUUUUAAUUAUGUGUUCUUUUAUAUUACUUAGUGUUCCUCUCACUGAAGUUUCUUUAAAAAAUCAAAUUGAAGUCCUACCUACUAGGAAUAUAUCAUGUAUGGUUCAGAAAAUGGUGAGGGAUUUUUUUUUCCAGGAUGUACUUCAAGAGCCAAUUUACAGUGUAAUUCGGAAAUUUUGUUUUACUCUAGGUUUCUGAUUUAAUCACUAAAAUGUCCUUAUUUUCUGUCUAUAGACUAUGUUAUUUUCCUUUUGGACCUUCAAAUCCACAAAGGUUUAACUAGUAUAUGAUAGGACCAUAGAAUUUUCACAGACUAUGUAGAUUAUAUAAGUUUCAGGGUUUAAAUUAUGCUAUUGCUUAUAUUACUGAUAAACAAAACAUGGAAUCAUUUUGGGACCCAGUUUGUCAGUCAAAUAAGGAGAUUAAGGCAGAAUUUUUUUGUCACCUCUAUCAACCUCUUAGACUAUUAAUAAUAAUAUAAAAGUGUUGCUUUAAAUCAUAGACUUUAAAGGCCAGGCAUGGUGACUCACACUUGUAAUCCUAGCACUUUGGGAGGCUGGGGCAGGAGAAUGGCCUGGAGCCAGGAGUUUGAGACCAGCCUGGGCAACAAAGUGAGACCCCUGUCUCUACAAAAAAAUUUUAAAAAUUAGGCUGGGCACUCUGGCUUACACCUGUAAUCUCAACACUUUGGGAGGCCAAGCUUGGCAGAUCACUUGAGUCCAAGAGUUCAAGACCAGCCUGGCCAACAUGGUGAAACUCCAUCUCUACUGAAAAAAAAAAAAAAAAAAAAAGUACAAAAAGUAGCCAGGCAUGGUGGUGCACACCUGUAGUCCCAGCUACUCAGGAGUCUGAGGCAGGAGAAUUGCUUGAGCCCUGGAGGUGGAGGUUGCAGUGAGCUGAGGUUGUGCCACUGCACUCCAGUCUGGGUGACAGAGUGAGACUCUGUCUCAAAAAAAAAAAAAAAAAAAAAUUAAGCAGGUGUGGUGGCAUGCACCUACAAUUCUAGCUACUUGGGAGUCGGAGGUGGGAGGACUGCCUGAGCAAGGCAAUCAAGAGUUCAAGGCUGCAGUGAGCCAUGAUUGCACCACUGCACUUCAGCUUGGGCAGUAGAGUAAGACCCUAUCUCAAAAAAGCCUUGAGAAAAUACUGGUAAAGUGUUGAGAAUUAAUUGUCUUUUAUUUUUCCAGGAGCCUAAAGGAUGUAGUGGUGGUUAAUCUGUGACAUGAAAUCAUUAACAUACCUUCUUAGGUCUCAACAGAAUAUGGAAUGACUUGGGCAUGGGUGCAAAUUUGGAUCAAUAUCUAUGACACACUAAAGAUAUUGCAUAUUAGAAUGGCUGAUAUCAUACCAAUGAACAGCUGAAUCUCCACAUGUCUUAAUGAUUCAUCUUUUUAGGUGUGACAUUUACAAGGUCUUUAGGGAGAAUAUUAGGAUCAGCUCAGUCCCUGAAAACUGGGUCUUUAGGGAAAGAUCUAAAUAAUAGCUUACAAAGAAUAUUGACUUGGGAGCUCUCACACUUGGAAGGCAGCCUUAUGUAGUUUAUUAUAUCUAAAUCAUAGGUGGUAUGAGAUCUAAUGAAUUAAUGAGGUCUGAGUCGGAUCAAAUUCGCCUUCCAGAGUUAUGUUUAUUUAACAUGCUUUAACCCAGAAAAUGAACAUUUGCCAGCGAGCACCAAACAACUGUGCGCCGCAGUGCUUGAGCGAGUCAGGUCCUGAGGCCACUCUGGCGAUCCUCCUUACAAUUCAUGUGAAAUACCUACUGCAGGACAAAGCAUCUGACGGUUUGGAGGAUGUUUCUGUAGUCCUAGGAAUCCACAGUGAAUUCGAGUCUAGACUCAGUCAUUUUUCAGGGUCAGGGGAGGAGGGAGAAGUAGCAAAUCAGAUAUGCCCAAAACGUUACAGAGGUAACAGUGAAUCCAGGAUGCUGCUGUCAGCCUGUGCAUUGUGAAGAAGGCAAUCAUAGGCGAGCAGCCGCGGGAGCAGGAACAGCAGCGUGCUAAGAAGCAGUCACAUAAACAGCAGCAGGAGUAGGCCUCCUGCUUUUCAAAAGCAGAGUACUGCAGGGUCGCGAAAUGCAAGACACUCAGAUGUUUGAAAAUCUCCCGAGUUGAGAAUGGCUACUGUAAAAGCGUCACCAAGAAACUCUGACGAUCUGGACAGUCCUAACUCUGUGUUAGCAAUACUUACUUCCGGAAAAUUAAUGCUACUUCUUGUAGAUUUUUGCAAAUAGGAAACCCCCUUGAAGAAGAUCUCAAAUUACGCCCCCCACCCCCAAAAAAAGACAAACAGGGGAGAACAAAGUUUUGGCAUGCCUGCAGGAACGGUGGCUUUUUUAGAAACUACCUAGGAGGCAGAAGCUAAGUGAUUUGCUCAUGCCUCUUACCUGGGAGUAGAAGGUGGGAAGAAAUGGACCGAGGCUGUGACGAGAAGACAAGGCACAGUGCAGCUUGGUGAAGCCACACGCUGACUGCGUUCUGCCCCCUCUUCAUGCAGUGCUGCGGGCUGGUGCAUCGCCGGCGAGUACGGGUGUCCUAUGGUUCGGCAGACUCCUACACUAGCCGUCCAUCCGAUUCCGAUGUAUCUCUGGAGGAGGACCGGGAGGCAGUGCGCAGAGAAGCGGAGCGGCAGGCCCAGGCACAGUUGGAAAAAGCAAAGACAAAGCCCGUUGCAUUUGCGGUUCGGACAAAUGUCAGCUACAGUGCGGCCCAUGAAGAUGAUGUUCCAGUGCCUGGCAUGGCCAUCUCAUUCGAAGCAAAAGAUUUUCUGCAUGUUAAGGAAAAAUUUAACAAUGACUGGUGGAUAGGGCGACUGGUAAAAGAAGGCUGUGAAAUCGGAUUCAUUCCAAGCCCAGUCAAACUAGAAAACAUGAGGCUGCAGCAUGAACAGAGAGCCAAGCAAGGGAAAUUCUACUCCAGUAAAUCAGGAGGAAAUUCAUCAUCCAGUCUGGGUGACAUAGUACCUAGUUCCAGAAAAUCAACACCUCCAUCAUCUGCUAUAGACAUAGAUGCUACUGGCUUAGAUGCAGAAGAAAAUGAUAUUCCAGCAAACCACCGCUCCCCUAAACCCAGUGCAAACAGUGUAACGUCACCCCACUCCAAAGAGAAAAGAAUGCCCUUCUUUAAGAAGACAGAGCACACUCCUCCGUAUGAUGUGGUACCUUCCAUGCGACCAGUGGUCCUAGUGGGCCCUUCUCUGAAGGGCUACGAGGUCACAGAUAUGAUGCAAAAAGCGCUGUUUGAUUUUUUAAAACACAGAUUUGAAGGGCGGAUAUCCAUCACAAGGGUCACCGCUGACAUCUCGCUUGCCAAACGCUCGGUAUUAAACAAUCCCAGUAAGCACGCAAUAAUAGAAAGAUCCAACACAAGGUCAAGCUUAGCGGAAGUUCAGAGUGAAAUCGAAAGGAUUUUUGAACUUGCAAGAACAUUGCAGUUGGUGGUCCUUGACGCGGAUACAAUUAAUCAUCCAGCUCAACUCAGUAAAACCUCCUUGGCCCCUAUUAUAGUAUAUGUAAAGAUUUCUUCUCCUAAGGUUUUACAAAGGUUAAUAAAAUCUCGAGGGAAAUCUCAAGCUAAACACCUCAACGUCCAGAUGGUAGCAGCUGAUAAACUGGCUCAGUGUCCUCCAGAGCUGUUCGAUGUGAUCUUGGAUGAGAACCAGCUUGAGGAUGCCUGUGAGCACCUUGCCGACUAUCUGGAGGCCUACUGGAAGGCCACCCAUCCUCCCAGCAGCAGCCUCCCCAACCCUCUCCUUAGCCGUACAUUAGCCACUUCAAGUCUGCCUCUUAGCCCCACCCUAGCCUCUAAUUCACAGGGUUCUCAAGGUGAUCAGAGGACUGAUCGCUCCGCUCCUAUCCGUUCUGCUUCCCAAGCUGAAGAAGAACCUAGUGUGGAACCAGUCAAGAAAUCCCAGCACCGCUCUUCCUCCUCAGCCCCACACCACAACCAUCGCAGUGGGACAAGUCGCGGCCUCUCCAGGCAAGAGACAUUUGACUCGGAAACCCAGGAGAGUCGAGACUCUGCCUACGUAGAGCCAAAGGAAGAUUAUUCCCAUGACCACGUGGACCACUAUGCCUCACACCGUGACCACAACCACAGAGACGAGACCCACGGGAGCAGUGACCACAGACACAGGGAGUCCCGGCACCGUUCCCGGGACGUGGAUCGAGAGCAGGACCACAACGAGUGCAACAAGCAGCGCAGCCGUCAUAAAUCCAAGGAUCGCUACUGUGAAAAGGAUGGAGAAGUGAUAUCAAAAAAACGGAAUGAGGCUGGGGAGUGGAACAGGGAUGUUUACAUCCGCCAAUGACUUUUGCCCUUUUGUGUGUGUUUUUUUUUUUUUUUGAAGUCUUGUAUAACAGCAUCCCCAAAACAAAGUCUUUGGGGUCUACACUGCAAUCAUAUGUGAUCUGUCUUGUAAUAUUUUGUAUUGCUGUUGCUUGAAUAGCAAUAGCAUGGAUAGAGUAUUAAGAUACUUUUUCUUUUGUAAGUGCUACAUAAAUUGGCCUGGUAUGGCUGCAGUCCUCCGGUUGCAUACUGGACUCUUCAAAAACUGUUUUGGGUAGCUGCCACUUGAACAAAAUCUGUUGCCACCCAGGUGAUGUUAGCGUUUUAAGAAAUGUAGUUGAUGUAUCCAACAAGCCAGAAUCAGCACAGAUAAAAAAGUGGAAUUUCUUGUUUCUCCAGAUUUUUAAUACGCAGGCACCUGAUUUGCAUAUUCAUUCAUGGACCACUGUUUCUUGCUUGUACCUCUGGCUGACUAAAUUUGGGGACAGAUUCAGUCUUGCCUUACACAAAGGGGAUCAUAAAGUUAGAAUCUAUUUUCUAUGUACUAGUACUGUGUACUGUAUAGACAGUUUGUAAAUGUUAUUUCUGCAAACACCUUAUUAUAUAUAAUAUAUAUAUAUAUAUAUAUAUCAGUUUGAUCACACUAUUUUAGAGUCUUAAUGCCAAGUCAGCAGAUUUGCUUUAUGAAUUACAGGGACUAGAAAUGCCCACAUUCAGGAAAUUUGUAAUAACAUUGUCUAGACACCUAUCCUCAUUCUAGUAGAAAGUGUGUACAUACUGUAAAUAUGUGUGAUUGCUUGACUUGAAAAGGUUUGAAUUCUGAAUGUUAUACCAUCCUUGUAAGUUUGUAAUUUCCACCAUAAAUUAUGGUAAAUAUAAAACUCCAGAGGUUGUUCUACUCCAUACAGUUCACACUGAUUGUGACACAUUCUUAGUAGCUAGUGUCUGUUCUAGUCACUGCACUGGAGUCUACGAGCCGGAACUCGCUAUAUGCACGUGUGUGUGUCCGUAUGUAAGAAAGUGUGCACCGAGUGACUGAAUGGUUGAGAUGAAUUGGAAUGCUGAAGACUAAUGAAGAAACUAGAGACUGAUAUCGAGCAUUCUGCCCACCUGGCUCUGUAUUUAAUUGUGCUGUAUGUUGCUUUAAUAACCCAUUGAGCAGUCAGGGAAUGUGAGUAAGCUUGCUGCCAAAGGUAACUAGGAAAGCAUUCAUCUGCUGCCUCCUUGUUUUUGCUCCUAGAGAGUGAAAAUACAGGCAAUUUUACUGUGAGUGUUUCACUGGAAAUGUACAAUCUUUGUGUGUUAGAGUAUUUGUUUUAGUAAGAAAUGUUUACACAGCUUGUGGAAUUAUUUCGUGGGAAAAUAAAUUUUUAUAACUUCUCCCACUUCAUUUUCUAACCUUG